AUGACUUCUCAUGAUUUUCAGCCAUCGUUCGAAUACAUCAAGGCUCAACAGCAGCUCUUUCUUGAAACCAAAUCAUUAUCGCGUUCCGACUCUAGAUCAGCCAUGUCGGAAACCACCGAGAUCAUUGAUUCAGACUAUGAUACGGACUCAAGGAAUGCAACAUCCGAUAGCGAGCCUUAUAGGAGUGCGGACUCGCUCGUGGCGGAGAGUGUCACAACGCUGUCAACCCUGGACGAGAUCAAAACUCCCGAUUCUACCGGCCUGACUUCAUUCCACUUCCACCUCGAUGAUAGCCCUAUCAAGGGUCCUCAGGGUCCGCACCUCUUUCGAACCUCCGAGGACUCCCUUUCUAGACCUCAACUUACACCCGACUGGACGGACGAGAAGGCUCCCGACAGCGCUGUAGCCACACAUUUUUACACCGGUUUCAAGACGGGACCAAAUAGGAUCGAGCCGGAGCGGAAGGACACUCCUGUCGUCGACGUCACAGCGCAAACACCCCCGCCGCCUCCACCUGCCCCGGCCCGUCCUACAUCCAGAAUCGGCGUUCCAAAUUGGUCACCAAACGAGGUUGUCACUUGGUUGCAGUCGCUGGGAUUUGAGGACUCCAUCAUCGAAAAGUUCUUCAUCAACGAUAUUACAGGACCUAUCUUACUUGAACUCCAGAUUGACGAUCUCAAAGAGCUUGAAAUCUCCUCGUUCGGCAAGCGCCAUCAGCUGAUGGCCUUCUUGCUGCAGCUCAGGAAUGUCUACCCCAGACCCUACUUACCGACACGGCGACAAGAGACGCGGACCCCUCAAACCACCGCCGCUGAGGUGGGUGCCGAUUGCACUAGCCCCAUAGUCGAGUGUGAUGCUCCGCGGUCUCGGUCCGAUUCCCGAUCCUCGAGUCAGCAGCAGCACCGGCAACACAGUCGUCAAAAACGCGGCCGGCAUGGUACAGAGAUUGUUCCUCAGGAUUCGGUUUCCAUUGUUGCUAUUGAGCAGUUGCUCCCCAAGCUACAUGUGUGCUCCAAAGGAGAAAACUGUCGCAAGUGGCUAAGACAGCAGACUAAGAUUGCUCGUCUGCUGAAGGAUCUUCAAGUGGAAGGCCUUGCAGGCUCUGUUCUUGUUGCAGGUGAUCCGGGAAGCGCUGCUAACGCCCCUCCCGCGACCAAGACGCCCAAGUUGGAAUGCAAAUCAUACGGGCCGGAACCAAAGCCGAAAAUGGAGUCAAGACCACAAGUGCAAGAGCCAAAGCUCAAGCCGGAACCGAGACCACAAGUACCAGAAGCCAGGCCCAAGUUGGAAGUGAAGCCACCUAUCGCAAAUUUCAAGCCCCCCAAGCCCGAAACAAGGUCGCCAAAGUCAGAUGCGAAGACACCCAAGUCCGAGGUGACUCCUUCUCUUGUGGCUUCGUCGGAUAUUAUGGGAAUGAACAUCAAAGCCGAUAUUCAUCUUUCGCAGGAAAGGCUGAAUGACGUGCAAUCUCGGGAUCCGCAGGAGAAUGUACGAAACUUCUUGAGCUUUCAACGACUCAGUACUCUUCAGCCAGUCACAGACCCUGCCACGCCCCCUGCAGACCAUGAUGCAUCUUUGGAAAAUUCACCUACAUCAUCUCAAAAAGGUACCCCAACUCUGGCGGAAAAUCUCCGUCACCUUCCAAAGUUGCGGAUACCCAGCCUUCAGGUCCCAAGCGAAACGACGUUCUCUCCCAACUACUCCGCACAGCGUACCAUUACUCCGUCUGUCUACCGCAAGUCAAGGCAGUUUCCCGCUGUCAGCAGAGUCAAGUCACCCAAUCCUUACAGCGGUCUGUUGUCGCCUUCAGACUUCUACCGCCAUGAUCCUCACUAUGGACAGCGCACACCUUUGUCCAGUGGUGACGCCCCUUUGACAGCGAUCCGCCUUGGCCCAAUCGAGCGAGGCUUCUCCCAAUCUGUGCCGCCGGAUAUGAGGUUUGGAAAUCAGGCUGACGACGCCCGCCCGGCCUCGAGGAACGAAAACCAUCGUCGACUUCAUUCUGCCGUCAAUGGGCCAAGCUUCCGUCCAAUGGUUCCCGUUGUGGAACGCUCGCCGUUGCCCCCGAUUGACACUCUUGAAGACCUCGAGAACACCCCGCGAGCACCACACUGCAGGAACAAUCCCUUCAGCCCUAACUCUGCGCACGCCAACGAUAUUAUUCAUAACGGUUGGAUGAAGAAGCGAAAGACGACCAAGCUCAUUCGCCAUGAGUGGGAAGAAAACCACUUCACCCUCCGAGGUACUCAUCUCUGCAUGUAUCCCGACGAGCAAGCUGCUCUCCGGGACUCGAAAGCCUUGGAGCGUAUCGAUGUCGAUGACUAUGCCGUGGCAUGCUCUUCUCUGCGAUCAACUUCAAAAUUGACAGCCGCUUUCAAGAAGACUGUGUUGAAGCGGGUCAAUGACAGCCAGGCACCGGCGGCGUUCGCAUUUUCGCUCAUUCCUGCAUCCACUACGGAACGCAAGACUUUGAUGCCAGGCGGACCCAAGUCACACCACUUCUCCGUCGAGACGCAGCAGGAGCGCAUCGACUGGAUGCGGGAGUUAAUGCUUGCAAAAGCUCUCCGACGAGGCCGGGAAGGCGGCGAUUCUGUCAACCUCAAUGGCCAGCCAUUUUAG